UCUCGCUCGUCCACUCCUCACUCAGAGGCACUCACUCACAGUCUCACGUACACACAUCACCCGCUAGCUAGCUGCUAGCUGCCCUGGUCGGCGAGAUGGCGCCGGCGCGGUUGAUCCAGCACAAGAAGGAGGCGCUGUGGUUCUACAGCCUCAUCUCCAUCGGCUACGACGAGGUGUUCAACCCGGGCCAGUACACCGACGACAUGCGCGACGUCUCCCUCGUGCACGCCGACCUCCACAGCCGGAGCCUCAAGGUCGUCGACGUCGGCGGCGGCACGGGCUUCACCACCGUCGGCAUCGUCCGCUACGUCGACCCGGAGAACGUCACCAUCCUCGACCAGUCCCCCGACCAGCUCAAGAAGGCCCGGCGGAAGAAAGCCCUCAACGGCGUCACCAUCAUGGAGGGCGACGCCGAGGACCUCCCCUUCCCCGCCGACACCUUCGACCGCUACGUCUCCGCCGGCAGCAUUGAGUACUGGCCGGAUCCGCAGCGAGGAAUCAAGGAAGCCUACAGGGUCCUGAAUGUGGGCGGGGUAGCCUGUAUGAUUGGCCCCGUGCGCCCGACGUUCUGGCUCUCUCGCUUCUUCGCCGACAUGUGGAUGCUGUUCCCCACGGAGGAAGAGUACAUCGAAUGGUUCGAGAGAGCCGGGUUCAAGGACGUUAAGCUCAACAGGAUCGGGCCGAAAUGGUACCGUGGCGCCCGUAGGCAUGGCCUGGUCAUCGGCUGCUGCGUCACGGGUGUCAAGAGAGAAAGCGGGGACUCCCCUUUGAAGCUUGGACCGAAGGCUGAGGAUGUGAGCAAGCCGGUCAAUCCUAUCGUCUUCUUGUUCCGCUUCCUCGUGGGGACGAUAUGCGCCACGUACUUCUUUCUGGUGCCGAUUUACAUGUGGAUUAAGGACAAGAUUGUGCCCGGAGGCAGGCCGAUCUAAGGGAUGGGAAUAAUCGUGCUUCUCUCUAUGAUAGGCACUUUUAAUACCGCCGUUUAUAUAUAAUUGUUCUCUGCUAUAUAUAUUUCCUGUUGUGUGUAUUUAUGUAUGGACGUGACUACAUACACCGUCGGCUCGUCUGUACUGUAGUGGAUAUCCUAAACAAUACUCCAGUCUCCAGUCACUUCUGUAGGAGCCAGACCCAUGACGGAUGUGUUUCAUAUCAAUAACUGCAGAGUAACUGCACUAUGAUGGAUCUCAUGGGGUUGUGACUCGUUCCUGAUCUAAUUACUAGUACUACUGUAAUACUAUUCGAAGUUUGGAUAGGCGCUUCUCAACAAUAUUAUUCUACA